AUGGCUGGAGGGCCGAUUAAGCUGUGGAAUGAGUGGGCGACCCAAAUCCUCGUCCUACUCAGCUUUGCGCUGCAGAUUUUCCUCUUUCUCUUCGCGAGGACCCGUCGGCGUGGACCCUCUGCCGUGCUGAAGAUCCUCCUCUGGUUAGCGUACCUCAUGGCCGACUCCACCGCUGCCUACACCCUCGGCCAUCUCUCCAUCAGCAGUUCGCCGCGUGAGCAAAAGCUUGCGGUAUUCUGGGCGCCCUUCCUCCUGGUGCAUCUUGGUAGCCAGGACACCAUCACCGCCUACGCCCUUGAGGACAACAAGCUUUGGCCACGCCACCUGCUAAAUCUCAGUGUCCAAGCCUUUGGGGUUGCUUAUGUCCUCUAUAAGCAUAUCGCCGAGAUCCCCACCUUGUUGGGAUUGGCUACCAGCUUGAUGUUUGGCGUCGGUCUCAGCAAGUACGGGGAGAGGAUAUGGGCACUCAAGUGCGCCAUCCUGGACAGCAUCCGGAGCUCCAUCAGAAAACCUCAUGCUCUCCCUACUUACUCCGAUGAGCUUCAUCCCCGGGGACCAAGAAGGGCAAAAGAGCGCGAUGAAGAAGAGCUCCUUCUGUUUUCUCAUGACAUGCUCCCCCUUUGCAAGGGCGCUAUGGCUGAUUCUCCUGUGGAUUUGUUUAGGUUCCGUAUUGCAACUGGUGUGAUCUUGUCCAAAUUUUAUGUACGGAGUUGGGAAUGGAAAACUACGCUCAGGGUGGUGGAGAUGGAAUUGUCCCUGAUGUAUGACAUUAUCUACACCAAGGCAGUGGUGAUGAUCCACACUUGGUAUGGCUACCUGUUCCGUCUGGUUUCGCUCCUGGCCACUGUUGGUGCAUCCGUACUGUUUCAGUUAAGUGGCAAUAAAAUUGGUUACAGCAGACUUGAUGUUGCCAUCACUUAG